CGGCGACCUCCUCCGCGAGCACCGCGAGCCCCCGGCCACCGCCACGGCGAUCACUCUCCCUUCCCGGGAGCGAAGUCUGGCCUGGGAGCGCCGCGUCGCCCGCCGCAGCCGCCGGGCCGUGGGCAUGGACGGCGCCCGCUAGCCUACAUGGACGGCGAUGGCGGCCGCCGGGACGCCCCCGUGGCGCUGAGGGAGGCCGGGCGGCGCGGCGGCUGCGGUGGCGGCGGCGGUAGCGGUGCGGGCAUGGCGGAGCCCCGGGCGCGGGCGGCUCGGCCCGGGCCGCAGCGGUUCCUGCGGCGCAGCGUGGUGGAGUCGGACCAGGAGGAGGCGCCGGGCCUGGAGGCGGCCGAGGCCCCGGGCGCGCAGCCCCCGCAGCCCCUGCAGCGCCGGGUGCUGCUGCUCUGCAAGACGCGCCGCCUCAUCGCCGAGCGCGCUCGAGGCCGGCCCGCUGCCCCCGCCGCCGCCGCCGCCGCCGCCGCUGCUGCUAAUGCCGCGCCCGGUGCCCCGCCCGGCUCCCCGGCUGCUGUCACCACCGCUGCUACCACCACCGUCCGUCCCGAACCCGCAGACCCCGGCCCCGCGCCCUCUGCGCCCGCGCCCGACGACCGCCCGCCCGGGGAUGUGCAGGAGCCCGCGGCGGUGGCAGCGGCAGCGGCGGCGGCGGCGGCGGCGGCGGCGGCAGCAGCAGCAGCAGCGGAAAAGGGGGACCCUGCGGUCGCAGAGGCGAAGCCCGAAGCGGGGCGCGCGCGGCGGGACGAGCCCGAGGAGGAGGAGGACGAUGAAGAUGACCUCAAGGCCGUGGCCACCUCGCUGGACGGACGAUUCCUCAAGUUCGACAUCGAGCUGGGCCGCGGCUCCUUCAAGACCGUCUACAAGGGGCUGGACACGGAAACCUGGGUGGAGGUGGCCUGGUGCGAGCUGCAGGACCGGAAGCUCACUAAGCUGGAGAGGCAGCGCUUUAAGGAGGAGGCUGAAAUGCUGAAGGGCCUACAGCACCCCAACAUCGUGCGGUUCUAUGACUUUUGGGAAUCCAGUGCCCGGGGCAAGCGCUGCAUCGUGCUGGUGACGGAGCUGAUGACCUCAGGGACGCUGAAGACGUACCUGAAGCGGUUCAAAGUGAUGAAGCCGAAGGUGCUGCGCAGCUGGUGCCGGCAAAUCCUGAAGGGACUGAUGUUCCUGCAUACCCGAACGCCCCCCAUCAUCCACCGCGACCUCAAGUGCGACAACAUCUUCAUCACCGGGCCCACAGGCUCUGUGAAGAUUGGAGACUUGGGUCUUGCCACCCUUAAGAGAGCAUCAUUUGCUAAGAGUGUGAUAGGCACUCCUGAGUUCAUGGCACCUGAGAUGUACGAGGAGCACUACGAUGAGUCUGUGGACGUGUACGCCUUCGGGAUGUGCAUGCUGGAGAUGGCCACUUCGGAGUACCCCUACUCGGAGUGCCAGAACGCAGCACAGAUCUACCGCAAGGUCACCUGUGGCAUCAAGCCAGCCAGCUUUGAGAAGGUGGUGGAUCCCGAAAUCAAGGAAAUCAUUGGGGAAUGUAUCUGCAAAAAUAAAGAGGAGAGGUAUGAGAUCAAGGACCUGUUGACCCAUGCCUUUUUUGCGGAGGACACAGGCGUGCGUGUAGAGUUGGCCGAGGAAGACCAUGGCCGGAAGUCCACCAUUGCCCUACGGCUCUGGGUAGAGGACCCCAAGAAGCUGAAGGGCAAACCCAAGGACAAUGGGGCUAUAGAAUUCACCUUCGACCUGGAGAGGGAGACACCAGACGAUGUAGCCCAGGAGAUGAUUGAAUCAGGAUUCUUCCAUGAGAGUGAUGUGAAGAUCGUGGCUAAAUCCAUCCGUGAUCGAGUAGCGCUGAUUCAGUGGCGACGGGAGAGGAUUUGGCCAGCACUGCAGCCCCCAGAGCCACUGGACCCUGGGAGCCCUGAAAAAGCCAAAGGCCCGCCAGCACCCCUGCAGGUCCAGGUGACUUACCAUGCGCAGACGGGCCCUCCUGAGUCUGAGGAGCCUGAGGCUGACCAGCACCUGCUCCCUCCCGUACUGCCUGCCAGUGCCACCUCCCUGGCCUCGGACAGCACCUUCGACAGCGGCCAGGGCUCCACCGUCUAUUCCGACUCCCAGAGCAGCCAGCAGAGUGUGGUGAUGAGCACCCUGGUGGAUGCCCAGGGUACAGGUAGCCCCCCUGUGAGCGCCAGCGAGGGCCCCGUCCUGCUGCAUAGUGUGCCUGCUGUGCCUGCGCUUGGGACCUUCCAGCAGCCCCCUGUGCCUGGCCUGUCUUUGGGCGCUGCCCCACCCCCCGCCCACCCUCAGAUCCCUCAGCAGCGUUUCCCAGAGCCAGCUCUGAGCUUCACCCCUGUGCUGCCACAGCCCAGCACUCCUGUGCCCGCAGGCCAAGGCCAGCCAGCACCUGCGGCCCACCAGCUUCCCCCAUUGGCCCAGCCAGCGCCUCUGCCACAGGCCCUGGCCCCACAGCCUGUGGGUCCUUUGCAGCCGGUGCCCUCCCAUCUGCCUCCGUAUCUGGCUCCCACCUCCCAGGUCGUGGCCCCUGCCCAGUUGAAGCCUCUCCAGAUGCCACCAGCACCCCUGCAGCCACUGGCUCAAGUCCCCACACAGAUUCCUCCGCUUCCUGUCGCUCCCCCUGUCGCCCCUCUGGCGACCAUCGACAGCCUCCCUGCAGCCCUCCCUGAUUUGCCAGCUGCCAGCGGGCCCCCCCCUGCACCUCCCCCUUCUCAGUAUUUCUCUCCAGCCGUCCUCUUGCCAAGCCUCCCCCUCAGUGCCGCCGCUAGCCCCCUGCCCGCCUCUCCAGCCCUAUCACUGCAGGCUGUCAAACUGCCCCAUCCAGCCGGUGCGCCGCUGGCCGUCCCCUGCCCCACCAUCAUGCCUAACAUGGCCACCGCCACCCCCAUUCCCCUGCUCGCUGUGGCGCCCCAGGGUGUGGCUGCUCUGUCCAUUCACCCCGCCGUGGCCCAACUCCCGGCCCAACCCAUGUACCCGGCAGCCUUCCCGCAGAUGGUGCCCAGUGAAGUGCCCCCAUCCCCCCUCCAUGUGGCGCAGACUCUGCGCUCUGCUCCCGUCCAGCCUGUGCCUCCCACGCUGCCGCAGCCCCACCCGCCAGGCAUCACCCAUCUUCCUGAGCAGGGUGCCCCAGCCGCGGGCACGGGGAGCCAGACACUGCUUGGCCACCCACCUUCAUACACGGUGGACGUCACUGCCCAGGUCCCCACUGUGCCUGUGCCCGUGCCCAUGCCACCCAUCGUGCCCGUGCCGCCUGCUGUGUCCGUGCCGCCUGCUGUGUCCGUGCCGCCCGCCGUGUCCGUGCCGCCUGCCACUGUCCUCUCUCCGCCUCUGCCCGACCUGCCUCUGCCCAAGGCCCCUGAACUCCUGCCUCAGCUGCCCAGCGCCUUGGCACCCCCGGUGGUAGCCGCUUCUCAGAGCUUGCCUGUGCUGAGUGGCACAGUGCUGCCUACGGCUGACCCGCUGCUCCCCAGUGGGCCUGUGACAACGGGCUCCUGCCCCCCUGUCCAGCUGACCGUGGAGCCUGUGCCAGAGGAGCUGGCCUCACAGGAGAAGAUGCUGGGUGCCCCACAAAGCUGUGAGAGCUAUGGGGGCUCUGAUGCCACUUCUGGAAAAGAGAUGAGUGACAGCUGCGAAGGUGCAUUUGGCGGGGGCAAACUGGAGGGCAGGGGAUCCCGGAGACAUCACCGCAGGUCCACACGUGUACGCUCCCGCCCGGAAAAGGCCAGCCGGCCCCGGCUCACUAUCCUCAACGUGUGCAACACAGGGGACAAGAUGGUCGAGUGCCAGCUGGAGACGCAUAACCACAAGAUGGUGACCUUCAAGUUUGACCUUGAUGGCGAUGCCCCCGAUGAGAUUGCCACCUACAUGGUGGAGCAUGACUUUAUCCUGCCGGCUGAGAGGGAGACCUUCAUUGAGCAGAUGAAGGAUGUCAUGGAUAAAGCAGAGGACAUGUUGAGUGAGGACACGGAUGCCGACCGCAACUCUGACCCAGGGGCCAGCCCGCCACACUUGGGGGUUGGCAGCCUGGGCAGUGGAGAGGAGGGUCGGCAGUCCCAGGAGAAUGCACCGGUGUAUCAGCAGAAUGUUCUACACACGGGGAAGCGAUGGUUCAUCAUCUGUCCUGUGUCUGAGCUCCCUGAGUCUUCACCCCCUCUUCCUCCCAGCUCCCUGCAGUCUGACGCCAGCCAAGAUCCAGGCCCCUGUCCAGAUCCACUGUCCAUGCAGGAGCAACACUGCGUGCCAGCUACUCCACAGCCUCUGAGCCAGGCGGGCACUGGAGAGGCCUCUGGUGGCACAACUGCCUCUUUGGUGCCACCGUCUCCUCCUUUAACGGCUCUGCCCCAGGACCUGGGCACCCCGGCUGCCGGUCCCCAGCCAGAGCCAGUCACUGAACGUGAGACACCCAAACCCCUGGCAGAGACUCAUGAUGCCCAGCUUGCUACCAGGGCCCAAGGCAUGAGCCAGGAGCCUUGUGCCCCACCUCUGGAGGGACUGGCCCACUCCAUGAGUCUGGGCGAGUCAGCCUCAGCCAGAGACGCCAACACCCUGGGGGAACUGGCCCCUGCUGUAGCCCCUCAGUCACUCCCAACUGCCUCGAUGGGAACCACCAACCUGGCCACACCCCAGCUCCCCAGCCCCCCACUGGGGCCCACCAAUCAGCCCCCUUCAGCCUUGGAGUCGGAUGGCGAAGGGCCCCCUCCCAGGGUGGGCUUUGUGGAUAACACCAUCAAGAGCCUGGACGAGAAACUGCGAACACUGCUGUACCAGGAGCAUGUGCCCACAUCUGCAGCUUCUGCUGGCACCCCUGUGGAGGCAGGUGACCGGGACUUUACCCUGGAACCUCUAAGAGGGGAACGACCCCGGGCUGAGGUGUCAGGGGGCGACCCAGCUCUGCCCCCACCAGAGGUGGAAAAGCCAGAGACUGCACCAGGUCUGGGGGCUGUGUUGGAGCCGGGCACAUCCAUGUUCCAGCUGGCAGCAGAAUCAUCCUCCAGCCCCUCGCUGGGCUCGGACGAAGCAUGCAUGGCUGCACAGCCCCCCGAGGUGUCCCAUGAAACCAAGGACACCCCUGCUUCUGCCGUCCCCCCUCGCCUGGAGUCCAGAGACCAGAGUGGUGGGGCCCUCAGGGCAAGUUCUCCAGGGCCCACCCAAAGCACCCCUAGGACACAGGCUGAAAGCACCCCAGCCUGCCAACCCACAGGACCCAACGUUCCAACCUCGGAAUCCCCUGGGAAGUGGCUCAGGUCGCAGGACAGCAGCUCUCCUGCCAAGACCCUGGGCCGGUUCUCAGUGGUGAGCACGCAGGAUGAAUGGACCGUGGCCUCCCCACAGAGCCUCCGUUACUCGGCACCCCCCGACGUCUACCUGGACCAGCUGCCCCACAGCCCCGAUGCAAAGCUAGGGGUGCGGAGGGCGCAGACAGCAGUGUCCAUCGAGACUGGGGCGGGAGAGCCCGUGUCUAGUGACUCUGCAGACGAGAGUCCCUGCCCGAGACCCUCUGCACACAAGCAUGGCUCCCUGCAUGGUGCUGGGGCCAUGGCUGAGGACCUGGUGACCAAGGCUGCUACCUUCCUUGCUGGGCCUUCGCUAACCGGCUCUCCGGGCCUGGGCACAGCCAGCAGGACAGGCGUGAAGGUCCCCACCAUCAGCAUCACCUCCUUCAACUCCCAGUCAUCCUACAUCAGCAGUGACAAUGAUUCAGAGAUGGAGGACGCGGACAUAAGGAAGGAGCUGCAGAGCCUGCGGGAGAAGCACCUGAAGGAGAUCUCAGAGCUGCAGAGCCAGCAGAAGCAGGAGAUUGAGGCGCUCUACCGCCGCCUGGGCAAGCCUCUGCCCCCUAACCUGGGCCUCUUCCACACGGCACCCCCUGCCAGCCGCCGCAGGAGGGCUAGCAGGAGCCGGCUGAAGGCCGGGAAGCUUCUCAACCCGCUGGUGCAACAGCUCAAGGCCGUGGCCUCCAGCACAGGUCACUUGUCUGACUGCAGCAGAGGCCCUCCUGCCAAGGACCCUGCCAGAGCCAGUGCAGGGCCCGUGGUAGCCCCGGCCUCAGAGCCCAGUGGGAAGGCGGUUCAGACCCGUCAGCCUUGCUCCGUCCGGGCCUCCCUGUCUUCGGACAUCUGCUCCGGCUUAGCCAGUGACGGAGGCGGAGCCCACGGCCAAGGCUGGACGCUUUACCACCCAACGUCUGAGAGACUGGCCUAUAAGUCUAGUAGCAAACCUCGCGCCCGAUUCCUCAGUGGACCCGUGUCUGUGUCCAUCUGGUCUGCCUUGAAGCGUCUCUGUCUAGGCAAAGACCACAGCAGUCGGUCCUCCACCAGCAGCCUGGUCCCCGGCCCUGACCCAGGCCCUCAGCCUGCCCUGCACGUCCAGGCCCAGGUGAACAAUAGCAACAACAAGAAAGGCACUUUCACGGAUGACCUUCACAAGCUGGUGGACGAGUGGACAAGCAGGACGGUGGGCGCAACGCAGCUGAAACCCUCACUUAACCAGCUGAAGCAGACGCAGAAGCUGCAGGAUAUGGAGACCCCGGUGGGCCACCCACCGCCCCACAGCGAGGCCUGGGCUGUCAACGCACCCCGAACAACAGUGGGGACAUCUUGUCUGGUCCCAGUGCCUGGCCCUCCACCCGCCGUGGUCAUUCCUGGAGCUGCCUCAGCCCUACCCAUGCCUGUGCCAGAUUCUGAGAGUGAGGAGCCCGACUGAGCCUAGGUGGCCCGAUGUGUCCUGACACCAGUCCCGAGACGUCUCAGGCUGCUGAGGGGAUGCUGGGAGCGAGCCCACAACGCCGGUCACUCAUGCUGUUUUAUAACCACUUUCUAAGCAUUUUUUAUUCACAAUUGGAAACACAAAUGUAAUGCAAGAAUAAAAAAAAAUAUUUUGG